GAAUAGAAAUUCGCAGUCGGUAAUUGGCUGGAUCUCUCUUCUCCGAAUACCCGCGGCGGCGGCGUGUUGUUGUUUUCCGGCGAUAGGAAACGGAGACGGAAUCAAGACCGGACGUCUCAGGCAGUCCUCAGCAGUGACCCGAGCGGCGGCGGACAGAGCAACGUUGGAUCUAGUAGUGGCCGGCGGUAGCACAGAAACAUCGUCGGCUGAAGAAGAGAAGAAAUUCUGCACUUUCAAGUGAGCUGCUUUGUCGCGGUCGCUGAAUUUACCGAUUUUGGAAUUAAGUCUUCUGCAGUAUAUUUUAGAUGUCGCGUGGUGACAUUUCCAAAGGAUUUCGGAUGGUGGCUACGAUAGGAGCUACAUUUCUUAGUGGAAGCUUUGCCCUUGGAUUCUUGACCUCUACAGUUUCUGAAAGAUACACUUCAUUUAAAAAGAAAAAGUAUGGAAGGCCAUGUGAGAAAUGUAAAGCCACCGGACAUUAUAAGUGCAAGUUAUGCAAAGGGAAUGGCACGAUACAAUGGUCUCCGCUCUACGACCCCAUUGUUAUAAAUCCAUGUGUGUGCCCGACUUGUGAUGGAUUCAAGGUUCAGCGCUGUCUUAACUGCUCGGGAUAUGGCCGCGCCUAAUUACCACCCCCAGGUACAAAAUAAAUCCUUCUUUUGGUAAAUUUGGAAUGAGUUUGAAUGUGGGAUGUUUUUAGUUAGUUUGUUAAUGGAACUCCAAGGCUGAUGAACUAAUUUAAAUGAACACAAAACCUUAGCAUGAAUCUAGUGAAGUAAAUUGGAAUGUUGUCUGAAAGAUUUGUGUAGUUCUUGAGUUUUCAUUGUUCAUGCUCUCCACUUACAUUGUGUUCUCAAAUUCUUGAAUGUUAGUCGAGUCGAGUUUUGGGUUUUUGACUCGCCCGAUCAG